GUAAUUAAUAUUCAUGAGCUAACCAUUUGCCGUAGUAGGAUCGGUCACCUGCCUGCGUCUCUCAGGUGCGCGCUGCGCGGUCACGGAAAACCGAAGUUAGUAAGAUGGGUAAUUCUGACACCAAACUUAACUUCAGAAAAGCGGUGAUACAGCUUACAACCAAAACACAGCCCGUAGAGGCCUGUGAUGAUGUGUUCUGGGAUCAGUUCUGGACUGACAGUGAUUUGACAGCUCAGGAUAUUUUUGCAUUGAUUCCUGCUGCUGAGAUCCGUGCUGUGCGAGAGGAGUCUCCCUCCAAUUUGGCAACCCUCUGCUAUAAGGCGGUUGAGAGACUCGUGUUGAACGCAGAGACCAGCUGUGCUUGCGAGAAAGACAGACAGAUUGUGCUGAGAUGCACUCGUCUACUGACCCGGAUUCUGCCGUACAUCUUUGAAGAUCCGGACUGGCAUGGAUUCUUUUGGUCUACUGUUCCCAGAGCAGGAAAAUCUGGGAAUGAAAGUGAUGAUGAAUCCACACGACCGCUGGCGGAGUCUCUCCUCACGGCUAUAGCUGAUUUGCUGUUUUGCCCAGGUUUCACUGUGGAGAAUAACCACAGGACCAGUGUGGUAACCCCUUUAUAUCUCUAUAUCUCAGACACGUCCAUAGACAGCUGUGAGUUCAUCUGGGAAGCUGGAGUUGGAUUUGCUCAGGCCCCGCCCCUUAACCACACCCAUGACUCCAAUAGGACAGAGUUAUUGAAGCUUUUAUUAACAUGUUUCUCAGAAGACAUGUACCAGUCUCCAUCUGACAAACACACAAUUAAUCCUUGGGUGUCGUUCUUUUGCUCUAGAGAAAACAGACAUGCCCUGCCACUCUUCACCUCUCUUCUUAAUGUGGUGUGCGCUUAUGAUCCCAUCGGGUAUGGUAUUCCGUACAAUCACCUGAUGUUCUCUGACCAGAGGGGGGCGCUAGUGGAGCUGGCGUUGCAGAUCCUAAUCGUCUCAUUGGAGCAAGAGCUCAUUGACGCCACAAACACAAACAUCACGAAUCUGAGCACAAAUCAAGACACUAACUUAUCUGAUUCCAACAUGAAGACUCCUGUUGAGGGAUGCCAGGCCACACAAGUUGAGAAUUUGUUUGUAAACUACCUGUCCCGAAUUCAUCGAGAGGAGGACUUUAAUUUUAUCUUGCGAGGAAUCAGUGUACUGUUGAAUAACCCAGUGCUGCAGACGUAUCUGCCCAAUUCCUGUAAGAAGAUUCAGUUUCAUCAGGAGCUGCUGGUGCUCUUCUGGAAACUCUGUGACCUUAACAAGAAGUUCUUAUUUUAUGUGUUGAAAAGCAGUGAUGUGCUGGAGAUUCUGGUGCCAAUUUUGUUUUAUCUGAACGAUGCCCGAGCCAAUCAAUCACGAGUGGGACUGGUGCACAUCGGCGUGUUCAUCCUGCUGCUGUUGAGCGGCGAGAGGAAUUUCGGGGUGCGUCUCAAUAAGCCCUACACCGUACGCGUGCCGAUGGACAUUAGCGUGUUUGCUGGGAAUCAUGCUGACCUGCUGAUAGUGGUUUUUCAUAAGAUAAUCACCAGCGGACACCAGCGACUUCAGCCGCUCUACGACUGUCUGCUUACCAUUAUAGUCAACGUGUCUCCUUAUCUGAAGAGUUUGUCUAUGGUCGGCGCUAACAAACUCCUUCACCUGCUAGAAGUUUUCUCCAACGGUUGGUUCCUGUUCUCCUCGCCGUUCAACCACCACCUGGUUUUCUUUCUGCUAGAAGUUUUUAACAACAUCAUCCAGUAUCAGUUUGAUGGGAACUUUAACUUAGUCUACAGCAUCAUUCGAAAGCGCAGUCUCUUCCACCAGCUGGCCAACCUCUCUGCAGACAUCAUCUCCAUCCAGAAAGCUUUGCAGAAGAGAAGCAGAAGCAACAAUCAUGCUGAGUCGAAUAAUCCCUUAAACAUGACGACCAGCGAUGGAGCGUUUAAAACCACACCUGUACAAACAGGCACUCUCAAUGCAAGCUUGAAGGCAAUGCCAGGCAUUGAUAAACUAACAGAAAAGUCACAAGUUUCUGAGGAUGGAAGUACCGUAUUACUGCAGAAUAGCCAAUCAGAGCACAGCUUUCAAACAGGAGAUCCCGUGUCAACCUCAUGGAGAGAUGACAAGUCUUUAAAUGGGAAUUGUGAUGGAAAAGACAACAGCGUGUCCUGUACCUCAGACUGGACUCCAUCUCCGGACUGGGUCCUCUCCUGGAAGAGUAAACUUCCUCUUCAGACUAUAAUGAGACUGCUGCAGGUAUUGGUGCCACAGGUGGAGAAAAUCUGCAUAGACAAGGGUUUAACCGAUGAGUCUGAGAUCCUGAAGUUUCUACAGCACGGGACGCUGGUGGGCUUGUUGCCGGUUCCUCAUCCCAUCCUCAUCCGCAGGUAUCAGGCCAACGAGGGCACGGCUCUGUGGUUUCGUACAUACAUGUGGGGCGUCAUUUACUUACGUACCGUGGAUCCUCCAGUUUGGUACGACACCGAUGUCAAACUCUUUGAGAUCCAGAGAGUUUAAAGACAUGAAGACCACUCAAAACAACUCCCAUUGUAAAUAAAAUGAACUAAGAUAAAUGUAAUCACAACAUCAGGAAAUCUUUUGUAAACCUUGCUUGUACAGCAUAUUAUUUUUGUUUUAUAAUCUUUAUGACUGCUGUCCUGGAAUUUAUUAUAUAUGAAGAGUCUGUUUCCAAAACGAGAUAAAUGCGUUUUUUU